CAGCGCAGACGGAGCCGCCCGGUCCCGGUGCCGUCCCGGUCCCGCCGCGAUGCCCUCGGACCGGCCCUUCAAGCAGCGCCGCACCUUCGCGGAUCGUUGUAAAGAAGUGCAGCAGAUCCGAGAGCAGCAUCCAAACAAGAUCCCAGUCAUCAUUGAACGCUACAAAGGGGAGAAACAGCUGCCAGUGCUGGAUAAGACCAAGUUCCUUGUCCCAGACCAUGUCAACAUGAGUGAAUUGGUCAAAAUAAUCCGGCGCCGCUUGCAGCUGAACCCCACCCAGGCCUUCUUCCUGCUGGUGAACCAGCACAGCAUGGUCAGCGUGUCCACCCCCAUCUCGGAGAUCUACGAGCAGGAGAAGGACGAGGAUGGCUUCCUCUACAUGGUCUAUGCUUCCCAGGAGACCUUUGGCUUCUGAGGGCUGCUGACAGUUGGCAUGUGGAGACAGAUGAACUGUGGCACAGAGGCCCCUGGCCUCGGAGGACAACACAGCCAGAGGCUCACAGGGGGGGCUGUGCUGACCCCCCUCCUCUCCCUCCCUCCCUCCCUCCCUGUCACCAAAGAGGCUCGUGGCGCGUGUUGGACUCGCACAACCCCUUCCCCUGUGUAGGUCAGUCCCGCUCCCCCAGGCGCCCGCCCAGGUGUGUGACACCCCCAGCCAGCCCUGCAGACCCCGCUGGGGCCUCUCCCUUUGUCCCCGUGUCCCCGCGCUGCUCUUGCUGUGCUGUGUGUGCUCUGCUGCUGCCAGACCUGCUGGGCCACUGUCACCCAGCACAGGGAGAGCCACCUCUCCCCAGGCACUCACAAAGGGCAGGAGGUCUGCAGAAGCAGCUAACAGAUGUUACCAUUGCUCCCGAGUUUUAAUUGAUUUUAAUUACACCCAUAUCAGAUUCUUGGUGCUACUGAAUAGAUGUAGGCGUCUCUAUAGGACUGUGGAUAAUGUAUAUCCUUUAGAUUUAUUUUAUUGGUUUGUUUGUUUGGGUUUGUUUGUUUGUUUUGGUUUUUUUUUUAGGGAUAGAUUGGAAUGGGGAGAGGGGGAAACUUUCCUGUAUUCUGUAGGUAAAUAAAUCAGGCUUCAUUGCACUUUAAAGCAUAGUAGAUGUCAGAGUGGAAUUUUCUUUUAAUUUAUACAGGUUUGCCAUUUAUAGUGCUGCUCCUCUGUUGACAGUUGUAGCUAGAUGAUCUUGUUUCAAACUUUUUUUUUCCUAAUAAAAUUGAUUUCCCUUC